UUUCCCUUCAUGAUUAGUGGGAGUACUGUGUUAGAGUGCUUUCAGCACUGAGAGUGCCUCCACUCUCUCUUCUCCACUGAGAAGAGAAUGUUACAGCAAAAGCUUAAAUAAUUAAUUUUUAAAUCAUUUUUACUUCAAUAAAUCAAGGUUGACUUGCUGCAGAUAGAAUACCAGCUUAGCAUUGGCCUGCUCAGUUUUUCAAGGUGCAAUGAAUCAAGCGGUCAUGAUGAAAGGCUGAAAAACGGAAAGAUUGAAAAGAUGACUCCUUGAAGGCAACAGUGGGAAAAGGUCUUGAAAACAACAGUGGGAGUGUCUCAAAUAAUGCUAUAUAUAUCGCCAAACAAGAGCUCAGGGAGAUGUUUAGCUUCAGCUGGGAAGCUGGAUUAUUACAUGCCUCUUUGAAGUUUGUGGGGUAAGUAUUUCUCCAAGAAAAUGUAAUUUCUAAUUUGUAUUCUUUAAGAUGGAAAAAAAAUUAUGUUUAAGAACCUUAAGGUAAGUAUAAGACAGGUAUGUAAAAAGACAGCAUAUACAGUAAUUCUGCCUUGUGUUCUCAUUAUAUCUUAUACUGUUUGACUGUCAAAUACUUUUUGGUGUGCAAAAUAUGUGGCUUGUGCACCACAGCAUUGAGUAGAAAUAGUUCUUUUUCAUUUGAAACCUGUUGUCACAUUAAAACUAUCCUUUUAUAAUUCUAAUAAUUGGGAAUAAAGGCAUUUCUCUUUUCUCAAUCUCACUCCCUGACAAAAUCCCUAUAUUAUAUGUGUGUGUGUAGCUACUUAUAUACAUGCAUGAUUGUGCUAAAAAGCAUCAGCAGCUUCUAACAGAACAACUUACUAGUAUUAUUGCUAUAAACUACAGAAAAGCAACCUCCAAAUUUGUGGCUGGUUGUACUAAGCAACAGUGAGAAGUACACAGAGAGUGUAGUGAGAUGACUACAUUUGGUUUAAAGAUGGAGAGCAGCCACAGAAGAAAUUAAAUAUUAAGUUUGCAUUGUCUCAAACACCAUUCAGAGCCCUCUGGAUGCCAUAGGGAAACUCAUUCAAUGUUAUAUUUAUCAUAUUGAGGGGGUGGAUGAAACUUUCUUUUUCCUAAAAGGCAAGUACAAGGUACUAUCUUGCUGAUACGAUCUUGUUGAAAGAAAACAAACACGUGUUCAUAUGUAAAUGGAUCAGGAGUUACAAAAUUUCUAAUUAUCACAGAAUUUGUAAGCUUCACAUCAUUCACUGGUUCAGCAUCACAAAACCAGCAAUGAACUGGCAGUUUCUGGGCUAUUGGCAAUACUCUUUAAAACAAGCACUACAUAAAGUCAUAUUUCUGUUUGCUUUAGGAAACGCUGGUUUCACAAUGGGCUCCAUCAGUGCAGCAAAUGCAGAAUUUUGUUUUGAUGUAUUCAAAGAGGUGAAACUUCACCACCCUAACGACAACAUCUUUUAUUGCCCCCUGAGCAUGAUUGCAGCCUUGGCCAUGGUCUAUCUGGGAGCAAGAAAUAACACUGAGUAUCAGAUGGAGAAGGUUCUUCACUUUGACAAAAUUGCAGGACUUGGAAGUAUCCAGACCAAGUGUGGCAAGUCUGUGAAUAUCCACCUACUGUUUAAAGAAAUUCUUUCUGAUAUCACUGCACCAGAAGCCAAUUAUUCACUACACAUUGCCAACAGACUCUAUGCUGAAAAGACAAGUCAGAUCCUACCGAUCUACUUAAAAUGUGUGAAGAAACUGUACAGAUCUGGUCUAGAAAUGGUCAACUUCAAAACAGCAUCGAAUCAAGCCAGACAGCGCAUUAAUUCCUGGGUGAAAAAUCAGACAAAUGGACAGAUCCAGGAUCUCCUUGAACCAAGCUCUGUCAAUCCUCAGACUGCGCUGGUGCUUGUGAAUGCCAUUUACUUCAAAGGGAUAUGGAAGACACCGUUUAAAGAAGAGCACACGCAGGAAGUGCCCUUCAAUGUGACAGAGCAAGAGAGCAGACCCGUGCAAAUGAUGUGUCAGAACGGCACCUUCAGAGUGGCAAGAGUGGCUGAAGACAAAAUUAAGGUCCUGGAGCUUCCGUAUGCCAGUGAAGAGCUGACCCUGCUGGUGCUGCUGCCUGAUGACAUCUCUGGUUUGGCACAGCUUGAGAACAAAAUCAACUUUGAAAAACUUGCCGAGUGGACCAGUUCCAGGGUGCUGGAAGAGAAGAAGGUGAAAGUGUACCUCCCACGCAUGAAGAUUGAGGAGAAAUAUAACCUCACAUCUGUCCUGACAUCCUUGGGUAUGACUGACCUGUUCAGCCCCUCGGCCAACCUCUCUGGCAUCUCUUCAGCAGAGGGCCUGAGGGUAUCUGAGGCUGUCCACCAGGCAUACAUGGAAGUCACUGAAGAGGGCACUGAGGAUGCUGGCUCAGCAGAUGACACAGAAGACAUCCAACAUUCCUCUGAAUUUGAAGAGUUUAGGGCUGACCACCCAUUUCUUUUCUUGAUCAAACACAAUCCAAGCAACCUGAUCCUCUUCUUUGGUAGAUAUUGUUCUCCCGAAGGAGAAAAGGGCUGGAAAUAAUGCUUGCCUACCCCUAAGAAACAAACCUCCUUUACUCUAGUAUUGUAGUAUAAUCUCAUCUCUUCAAUAUUUUCUGCAAGUGGAAAGGCUACUCCAAGUUGUGGCCUUUCCUGAAGCUUCCAUAACUAAGACACACCUGCAGGUGAGGAAACGGCAGCACGUGUGUUUGCUCCUUUCCCUUCUCAGACUGGGUUCAGUGUGGAUUGAGCCAAGCAAAGAGUAAGCCCUCAGAGGAUAGAGGCCCUCAUGAGCCAGGAAGGGGUCAGAUGAUUUUCACUUGAAGGAGUGGCAGACAGGGCACCAAGUCUUUGGUAUUCCAUUACUUGGAAAGACAUGGGCUGUGCUCAUCGCAUUCCCUGGUAACUAUCCUGCUAACAAACCCAUACAGCUCCUGAAACACUGGCUUUGAAGUCCCCAGACUGAAGAAGAUGCUUGUGGACAAGAUUCUGCUAUGCAGGGUAUUAAUUGGUUCCCAUGUAAUUUUUUUUUUCCACUUAUCUCUUGGGAAAUGGUGCACAUAUGACCAGAGCUGUCCUCUCACCAUGGGCACCUCAUGUAAUACUGAAUUUCUUCCAGAGGUUUUCCAAAGUCAUACAGAGUUUCCCUUCCACUUCAGAAUGUUCAAGGAGAUCUAACUUUGUCUAGGUACAGUUAUGUCUUCUCACAGAGUAUAGCUUCAAAGCCUGAAACGUGGAUAUCUGGAUGAUCUAGGACUACAACUGCCAAAAAAAAAA